UUCGUCUUUGCUUCAUCGUGCAUCGUGAAUUUUGUGUUGUGCCUUAUUUUACAAGUUUUCCGUAAAUCAGUUGAUAAAUUGUUAAAAAUUACGUUGUCAUUCAGUUUAGUGCUGUGUGAAGGAGUUUUACAGGAGUUAUAAUGGAUGUUGCGGAUGCGCAAGUGGGACAACUUCGGGUGAAGGAUGAAGUUGGAGUGCGGUGUCAAAAAUUGUUCCAGGAUUUUUUAGAAGAAUUUAAGGAAGAUUGUGAACUAAAGUACCUGAAAGCGGUGGCCGAUUUGAUCAACCCAGAUCGCUCGACCUUGGAAGUUGGAUUCGAGGAUGUCGAAAAGUACAACCAGAAUCUUGCCACCACUAUUAUCGAAGAGUAUUACAGGAUCUUUCCAUUCCUGUGUCAAGCCGUAUCUAAUUUUGCCAAAGAUCGGACCGAGCUAAAAAAGGAAAAGGAAUGUUAUGUGUCAUUUACCGACGUUCCGACGCGUCAUAAAGUGCGAGAAUUAACAACUUCAAAGAUCGGAACUUUGAUCCGCAUUUCUGGCCAAGUUGUGCGUACACAUCCAGUUCAUCCGGAACUUAUCUCCGGUACCUUUGUUUGUUUGGAUUGUCAAACGGAAAUACGAGAUGUCGAGCAACAGUUCAAGUUUACCAAUCCGACUAUCUGUCGCAAUCCUGUUUGUGCCAAUCGACGACGUUUCAUGCUGGAAGUGGAUAAAUCUCAGUUCAUCGAUUUUCAAAAGGUUCGCAUUCAGGAAACACAAGCCGAACUACCACGAGGUUGCAUCCCUCGUUCGGUGGAAGUUAUUUUGCGUGCUGAAAUUGUUGAAACCGUUCAAGCUGGAGAUCGGUACGAUUUUACCGGCACACUGAUCGUAGUACCUGAAGUCGGUGCUCUUCAGAUGCCAGGAGCUAAGGCCGAGAUCGGUUCCCGACAUAAACACGGCGACAAUGCCGUUGAAGGCAUUCGAGGGCUUAAAGCACUUGGUGUUCGCGACUUGAACUACAAGAUGGCCUUCUUAGCAUGCUCGGUACAAGCCACUUCAUCCAGAUUCGGUGGAACCGAUUUGCCAAUGAGUGAAGUAACAGCAGAAGACAUGAAGAAACACAUGACCGACGCUGAGUGGAACAAGGUCUAUGAAAUGUCUCGCGACCCAAAACUGUAUCAGAAUUUGAUUACCAGUCUAUUCCCUUCGGUCUAUGGAAACGACGAGGUUAAGCGAGGAAUUCUACUAAUGUUGUUUGGUGGCGUUGCAAAGACCACCCAUGAAAAAACAACUCUGCGUGGGGACAUCAACUGCUGUGUCGUAGGUGACCCUAGCACAGCCAAAUCGCAGUUCUUGAAACAGGUGGCUGAUUUUUCACCCCGAGCCGUCUACACAUCCGGAAAGGCGUCAUCUGCAGCAGGUCUCACGGCAGCCGUUGUUAAGGACGAAGAAAGCUACGACUUUGUAAUCGAAGCUGGUGCUCUAAUGUUGGCCGAUAAUGGAAUCUGUUGCAUUGAUGAAUUUGACAAGAUGGAUCCACAUGACCAAGUGGCAAUUCAUGAAGCUAUGGAACAGCAGACAAUUUCGAUUGCUAAGGCAGGUGUGCGGGCAACUCUAAAUGCCAGAACCUCUAUUUUGGCAGCUGCAAAUCCCAUUGGUGGUCGAUACGAUCGUUCCAAAUCACUGCAACAGAAUAUCCAACUGACGGCUCCCAUCAUGUCCCGGUUUGAUCUGUUCUUCAUCUUGGUUGACGAAUGCAACGAGGUUGUAGACUAUGCAAUUGCUCGAAAAAUCGUUGACUUGCAUUCAAACAUCGAAGAUCGUAUCGAUCAGGUUUACACGCGGGAAGAUGUUCUGCGCUAUAUCAUGUUUGCCCGACAGUUCAAGCCGAUUAUCACAAACGAAGCGAUGGAAUUGCUGGUAGAAAACUAUGGUCAUUUGCGACAGCGUGAUACUGGUACAUCUGGUAAGAGCACAUGGCGAAUCACUGUUCGUCAGCUGGAGAGCAUGAUUCGCUUGAGUGAAGCAAUGGCUAAGCUUGAAUGUUGCGAGGAAGUUACGGUAAAGCACGUUAAAGAAUCCUAUCGUCUAUUGAACAAAUCCAUUAUCCGUGUCGAACAACCCGAUAUUCAUCUGGACGAUGAAGAAGAUGCAGAACUGGCGUUGGCAAUAGAUGCUGAGGAAGGGACUCCGCAGCAAGAUAGCCAUGAAGAAAAUGGUCAUACGGAGAACGGUCAUGAUGCUGCUUCGAAAAAAAAAUUGACUCUAUCCUUCGAUGAGUAUCGAAACCUGUCCAACAUGUUGGUCAUUCACAUGCGUGGUGAAGAGGCACGGUUUGAAAGUGAGGAGUCACAAUCAGAGGGAGUCAAGAAGUCCGAUCUGAUAAACUGGUACCUGGAGCAAGUUGGCGAGCAGAUUGAGACUGAAGAAGAACUGGUUGAACGGAAAACUUUGAUAGAAAAAGUCAUCGACCGAUUGAUUUACCAUGAUCAAGUAAUCAUUCCAUUGAAGACGGCCACUUUCGGUGAAAAAGAAACGCAAGAAGAAGAUCCUCUUCUAGUCGUACAUCCAAACUACAUAGUUGAGACGUAAGUCCUGCGGGUACUGUUUAAAUUACUAUUGGUAGAUGUUCAUGAAUGAACUUUCUUUACUGCUUUUUAAUUGUAA